CUUCUCGUCAAUGGAGGCGUAUUCAGGAUUUAAGUUCAAUGAGGUUUAACAUUUAAGGAUUUAAGUUCACUGGGGUUUAACAUUUAAGGUUUUUGGAUUGAACCCGUAUUUCUAAAGUUAGGGGUUCAUACAUGCUAUUUCUUGCAAUUAUUAUGAAUUUUAACACUUAAAUUUGUGCUCCUCGUUAAAAAUACUGGUUCAGAUUAUUAUGUUGCAUCCGCCUCUACUUGUCAAGCACACUUACAUGUAGUAUAUACGAUUUUGAGCUACCUCAAAGGUUAUCUUAACAUUAGUAUAAUUGAACUUUUAAGCUAGAAAUUCUGUAUCCUUAUUUUGUCUGUGAAUUGAGAGAUGCUCUCAAAUGUGCGCGAUUAUUUACUUCAUUCUGGUGAAAUCAUGGUUUAUAAGUUGACUUAAACAAGGUAGGAGUAAGGUCUACGUAUACUAUACUCUCCAGAUCUCACUUGUGGGAUUACAGCUAUGUUGUUGUAAGUUGACUUAAACAUAAUAUCCCCUGGCUCAGUGUAAACAAUUUGAGAAAGGCCUUCAUUCUGGUCAAGCUACGUUAUAGUUGACUUAAGACAUCCUUUUCUAUCACCUGCUUCCAUUUAAAUAUAGUAGUGGUUAACCAACUAUCCUUUACUUGAGACAGGAUAUAUCACCAGCCAGUUAUCAAUGUGUAACAUAUGCACUUCUCUUCAAUUAGCUGCAUAACAAUCCAAGACUUAGUUUUUUUCCUGCUAUUGAUUUUCACUAGUUCCUGACAAUCAAAUUGCUCUUAGAACACACUGUUCUCUUGAGUAACAUCAUUUGCUGCACAGUUGAAAAAAAGAGAGAAUCAUGAAAGAAGGGAAUGUGCUGAUGAUUGCUCAGAGAAUGGUAUCUGAUGCAUCUCCUUCAUCAACUCCAAGAUCUCCAGCUACACAACCACCUUUGCCAACACCAUCACCAUAUUCGUUUUCUGUGGCAUCGACAAGGUUGAGCUCAAGGCCUUCUAUUCAUACAUAUGAUCUUACCCUCAGGUCACUGGCACUUCUCUUCUCCUUCAUCUCCGCUCUCUCGCUAGCUGCACAAGAAGGGACCAAAAAAAAACAGAUCUCCAGCUUCUAUGAUCACCCAGAAUUAACGUACUGCUUCACAGUAAGCAUAUUAGUUUUUAUAUACUCGGCCUUUCAACUCUUCAAAAGAGUUUGUGACAUUGCUUAUAGAGGGGUCUUGAUCUUGGAUAUGACCUCUGACUACCUCAGUUUCAUAUUCGAUCAGUUCUCCUCUACAUUCACUGCAGAUAAAUCUUUCAAAAACACAAAUUCUCAUAAGCAGAGUGUUGCACAGUUGGCAGGUUACCUCCUUUUGUCUUCUUCUUCAGUAACCAUACCAGUCAUUCAACAGAUGAAUAGCCAAAGCUCACUCUGGAAGGCGGCUGCCGUUGCUGAUUGCAUGUCAUUUAGUGCUUUCAUGGUCAUUGCAGUCUCCGCUCUCUUAUCAGGCUACAAGCUGUGCAAAAGGAUCAUAUGGUGAUGCACUGGGAAUUGAACGCGUAGCCUUCAACUCCAGGAUUGACAAAGCUAGAGUGUAAAAUGGGGACAUAAUUUCUUCACCACUUUUUUGUUUCAGUCAAGAACGUUUUAAUCCACUUGAAGCAUCACAAGUAGCAAUUGGUGGGAUAUACCGACUAUCUCCAACUACGCUAAUGGUCUGGUAAAAGUUGAUACAAAGAGGGUUCGGAAGUUUAUAGCAAAGAAGAGAGGAUUUUGGUAGAAAAUAUCCAUAUUUUAAUUGUUGUGUCGUUGUUAUGGUGAAUAAAGAGUAUAACUAGUACAAUAUAAGCUAGAUUUGUGCUUCA